AAUCAAGUAUUUGUUAGCCUGUCCAAUUCCUUCUAAACAUGACGACUGUCAACAACAUGGCGAGUUUUCUACGCAGUAUCAACCGAGCUCUCUUGCAAUUCCACCCUGGUUUGUCUCGUAAAGUUAGCAAGCCCUUGGCAAGAUGUAUAUCUACUACUCAGUGUCUCAAUGUGGAGUUUUAUGAGAAUCCCUUAGAAGCCGUUAGUGAUAUACCUGAUAAUUCAACACUUCUUGUUGGAGGAUUUGGACUUUGUGGUAUCCCAGAAAAUCUCAUUCAAGGACUAUUAGAUACAGGGGUAAAGGGUAUUACAGCUGUCAGCAACAAUGCUGGUGUGGAUGAUUUCGGCCUUGGUCUCCUCCUGAAGACGAAACAGAUUAAGAGGAUGGUGUCAUCAUACGUCGGUGAGAAUGCAGAGUUUGAAAGGCAGUAUUUAUCUGGAGAAUUAGAAGUGGAGCUCACACCACAGGGUACCUUAGCGGAGAGGAUACGAGCGGGAGGAGCAGGGGUACCAGCUUUCUUCACCCCGACCGGUUUUGGCACCCUAGUACACCUUGGAGGAUCACCCAUCAAGUACAAUGAUGAUGGGUCGGUGGCUAUCACCAGUGAACCUAGGGAGUCAAGAAUGUUCAAUGGCAUUGACUACAUCAUGGAGAAUGCUAUUGUAGGAGACUAUGCUCUUGUGAAGGCAUGGAAGGCUGAUAGGGCAGGAAACCUCAUCUUCAGAAAAACAGCCAGAAACUUCAAUCCACCUAUGGCUAGAGCUGCUAAGAUAACCAUCGCUGAAGUUGAGGAGAUAGUUGAUGUAGAUUCCUUUGCACCUGAAGACAUCCAUGUACCAAGUAUAUAUGUUCAGAAGGUCAUCUUAGGGAAGAACUACCAGAAGAGGAUAGAGAGACUAACAUUGUCCAAGGAGAAGUCUGAAGCCAGCGAAGAAGCCAAAAGUCCAGCUGCUCUACUUAGAGAAAGAAUCAUCAGGAGAGCUGCAUUAGAAUUCAAAGAUGGAAUGUAUGCUAAUCUUGGUAUUGGAAUGCCCAUGCUUGCCAGUAACUACAUAGAUCCAGAUGUGAAGGUCUAUCUACAGAGUGAGAAUGGAGUGCUAGGAUUGGGUCCAUUUCCAAGGAAAGGUGAGGAGGACCCAGACCUGAUCAACGCUGGUAAAGAAACAGUCACAGUGCUUCCAGGUUCUAGUUACUUUGCUAGUGAUGAAUCAUUUGCCAUGAUCAGAGGUGGACAUGUUGACCUGACCAUUCUUGGUGCUAUGCAGGUGUCGAAAUAUGGAGAUCUUGCUAACUGGAUGAUUCCGGGUAAGAUGGUGAAAGGAAUGGGCGGAGCUAUGGACCUAGUCUCCUCCCCCAGGACCAAAGUUGUAGUAACCAUGGAACAUGCUGCUAAAGGAGGCAAGCCAAAGCUGCUUACAGAGUGCAAUCUACCCCUGACUGGAAGGAGAUGUGUGGAUAGGGUCAUUACCGAAAUGGGUGUGUUUGACAUUGACGCUGAGGAAGGCAUGACGCUGGUUGAGAUCGCUGAUGGCGUGACAAUCGAGGACAUCAUCGAGAACACCGAAGCUGACUUUGAAGUUGCUGAAGACCUCAAACCCAUGGGACAAGUCUGAGGUGACCCCCUUAUCUCAUUGAACUGAAUGAAAUGAAAUUGCUGAAAUUGGAUGGGUGCGUUCAGGUGUGCUUGGGUAAACUGUGAAGAACGUUUUUUGUAUUGAAUGUGAACUGUGCAUUGGAAAAGGUUUCAUAUGUAUUCAAAAUGUG